GGGCACUGCGCCCAGUAAACCUCACAACAUCCCAAAAUGGCCGGAGACCUGUUUGAAGAUUUGCCUCCUCCGGCAGCGCCACUAACUUCCGUCAAUGGUUCCGCCGUCACUCUUACUGAGGCUUCGGAAGCACCCCCACCACCGCAACCUCCACUUCCGCCUCCUGCUCUGAAGAGUGCCCUCAAACGUUCCAAACCACCUGCAGAAUCACAGCCUGAAACUUCUGCUCCUGAAAAACGACUGAGGUUUAAAACAACCACGGAUGCCUCAGAGACGCAAGUUAUUGAAGCCAUGCAAAAAAUAGCAUCACAUAUAAAGAACAUUCCAAAGUUUAGUAAAGCGUCAAAGCUUGCAUUGCAGCUGAUUCAUGCUGGCAGUGUAAAGCCUGCAACUAGUGACCAUUUCUUUGCCAUUCUUGAAGCUGCAAUGUCAUCGCCUACCACCUGUAAUGAGCCCUCUGUACGAGCAGAUUAUCACGAGUUGUUCACAGCUGUGCAAGAUACAAUUGAAUGUCUUUCAAAGAAACAGCAAAAUAUGAUAACUACAUGGACCAUGAGGGCGGUGGUGGCUAAUGACCUCUUCACCGAUGACAGUUUCGUGUUUUCAAAAGCAACUGGGAGAAUUAAAGAAGCAAUUUCAAAUAUUCCUGUUGCAACUGAAGAUGAUGAUGUAGAAGAGGCUGCUUGUUUGGAAGAAACGACCGAAGCUGAGAAUGAAGAUGCCCCGACGGGCAAUAAAGAAGAGAGUGAUCCAUUUGGACUUGAUGCUUUGAUUCCGAGCACAUCAAAGAAAGACGACAAAUCAAAGGGGAAGAGGGUGACCCUGGCUAAAGCAAGAAAAGGAGAAGAAGAAGAAGAAGAAGAUGAAGAAGAAACCAAGAGAUUCCUGAGAUCACAGCGAGAAGCCUUGAUUUCCUGUUUAGAAAUUGCCGCGAACCGUUACAGAACGCCAUGGUGCCAAACAGCUAUUGACAUCUUAGUCAAGCAUGCAUUUGAUAAUAUUUCAAGGUUCACCUCCCGACAGAGGGAUGCUAUUGGAAAACUUUGGGCUUCUGUCCGUGAACAGCAAGUUCGGAGGAAGCAAGGGAAAUCUGUGUCUGGGAAACUUGAUGUAAAUGCUUUCGAGCAUCUCCAGGCAAAAUAUGCAACUGAGAAGAUCAGCAUCCGGCGUGCUGUUGGAGGCAGUGGGGAUCGGAAGUGUCAACAGUGGCUUGGUUGAUUUGAUUUCUUUAGUAAUGCAAUUUAAAGCAAGGCACAUCUGGUUGGAAAAUUAGUCUUUGCUAGUUAUGAUUGUAUUUUCUCUGAGAAAGAGGACUAACAUUUGUGCAAGGACAUGAAUUCCAUGGUGAGCAAAAGUGAAACACUACCAACCUUUUUUUCGUUCC